AUGGAAGAGCUUACUUGUUGCAUCUCUCUAUUUCAUCGAAAAAUACAAAACUGCACCGCAAGAAGAUGGGGGAGUAAUCAUCGAAGAAUUUCGGAUCAGCAGCUUGGUGCUGAAUAUAACCUGGACGUUACUUUUUCACCUGAGUGGGAAUGGUUCAAUGUCAGCAGGCCCCUUGAAUAUGCAUCUGACUUGGAUGACAAGCUUGUAGUGCUUGAUUUUUUCACCUACUGCUGCAUCAACUGUCUUCACGUCUUGCCAUCGCUUCACCAGCUGGAAAGAGAUCACUCCAUUGAAGAUGGCCUUGUUAUUGUCGGCGUCCACUCGGCCAAGUUCGACAACGAGCGCGUGUCGUCCAACAUCGCGGCGGCGCUGCAGCGGUACGACAUCGCCCACCCAGUGGUCAACGACGCCCAGCUGGUGCUCUGGCGGCGGCUGGAGAUCGCCUGCUGGCCCACGUUGGUCAUCCUCGUCCGCUUCCCCGGCAAGCUGUGCCGGCUGGACGCGCGCCGGCUGGUGCUCAGCGACUCCGGCCACCAUCGCCUGCUGGUCACCGACAACAGCGGCGCCGUGCUGCACGUGAUCGGUGGUCCAACCGCCGGCUUCCUUGACGGCAAACUGGGCGAGUCCAAGUUCAGCAGUCCGCAGGGGGUGGCCGCAGACGGCGACGUCAUCUACGUGGCGGACACGGAGAACCACGCCAUCAGAAAGGUGGACCUGCAGGCGGGCCUGGUGGAGACGCUGGCCGGCACCGGUCAACGGGGCGACGACCUGGAGGGCGGCGGCGUCGGCAGGGCGCAGGUGCUCGCCUCGCCCUGGGACCUCUGUCUGGUCGGUGACCGGCUCUACCUGGCCAUGGCCGGCUCGCACCAGAUCUGGGCCUUGUUCCUCCGCGACGGCACGCUGUUCGGCAAGCGCCCCUGCCCGGCGGGCACCUGUCUUCGUGUGGCCGGCUCGGGCCAGGAGGAGAACCGGAACAACUCGUACCCGCAGCGAGCGGCAUUCGCGCAGCCCUCGGGCCUGACGUGGGACGCGGCCGGCGCGCGCCUCCUGGUGGCCGACAGCGAGAGCUCCAGUGUGCGCCAGGUGGCGCUGGCCGACGGCGCCGUGCGGGCCGUGGUCGGCGGCGCUCGGGACCCCACGAACCUGUUCGAGUUCGGCGACGUGGACUCGGCGGAGGGCCCCGCGCGGCUGCAGCACCCGCUGGGCGUGGCCUGGAGCGCCGCCGACGCGGCCCUGUACGUGGCCGACACGUACAACCACAAGCUGAAGCUGGUGCUGGCCGACGGACGGGGUUUCAGCUGCCGCACGCUGGCCGGCUCGAGCCGCGGAGACCAGACUGGACCGCUGCUGGAGGCCCAGUUUAACGAGCCGGGCGGCCUGCUGGCGGAGCCCGCCGGCGAUCGGCUGCUGGUGGCCGACACAAACAACCACUGCAUCAAGCGGGUGGACCUGGCGACCGGCACCGUCGAUGAGCUUGAUGUCCGGAUGACGCGGGAUUCACCAGAUCGGCCUACCCAGGCUGUCACAUCGUCCGCAACGGUGCGAUCAGCUGUGGCGCAUCUCUUUAAGUCUAGAGUACUGCUGUCUGCCUCCGGCUGGUCGGCAGCGCCAGCCGGCCCGUUCUCUGUACCGCUGACUGUGCAGCUGCACGCGCCGCCGCUGCGCUCGGGGGACGCCGUCCGACUCCGCCUGCACGCGCAGCUCUUCCUGUGCUCGCCGGCCGGCCUGUGCUUCCCGCGCGAGCUGACGUUCGAGCUGCUGGUGGAGGGCGACGACUGA